AUGCCAUUCGGACUUCCUCUCGUUACCUCAGCUGUGCUGGUGCGGAUUGCCACAGACUAUCCUCACGCACUGGCGUAUGCCUUCAACACCAGCAUGAACACCGCUGACUCAACAGACACCUACGAAGAGCAAGCGUAUAUUGAGCAGAUCCGAAAGCUUCUGCACCACCCUGUGCGCGCCCAAAUGACGACCGAACUUUUGGCGUUGACGGAUCCGAAUAUGCUGUAUAGAGACUGGCUGGAGAUUGAUCUGGACCCUCUGAUCAAGGCACCGAAGGGCCCAGGCCAGAAAACCGCUUCGGCCCGUGCCUACUCGGCUCUGAUCUCGUUGCCGUUCAUGAAGUCUGCCCGGUCAUCCACUGGUAUGAAAUUGCGACACUGA